CUCCCUUUUCGUCUUUCCUUCCGUUUCAUCGCCAUGCAUCACCCUCCAUUCCACGCACCACUCCCACAAACCACCGCUGGCCGUACGCGACCACGCCGCAAAUAACGGACAAAGCAGCGACGCAGGAAUCUUCCAAGCCCACCCGCCGACCGACGAGGCCUGCUUGUGGCCUCUAGCGAAACCUCCAGCCAGCCCGCGCCGCAAUCCCUCCUGCAACACUUCCCAACACCCACCACACCGUCAACACGACUGCGAGACCACCGUCCUGCACCUCCACCACAAUGUCGGCGACGCUCAAGUCGGCCGCGAAGCCGGGCAAGAAGAGUCGCAUAGUAUCGCUACGCAUCUCGCCAAGUCGACUCGCGCAGUGGUCAUCAUCACACAGCUCGCCGGCCGGCGACACAUCAGCACUGCCAUCCAUCAAGAACGAGGCAUCGCCGUCCGUGCAACUCCCCGAUGUCGCCGAUAAGUCAUCCGACUCGAAUGCUACGCCCGUGCCGCAAGGCAAUGAUGCCGUCGACAACAACUCGCUAGCACCGCCCAAGGUCGAUGGCAGAAAGAAGAGAGGAGGCGCGACCGCGAGCGGACGGAAGCGUGCACCACCUUCCAUCGACCCGAAUGCACCACCUCGAGAACGAGGCCGGCCAGGUCCAAAGAAGAAACCAAGAUUGCCUGACGGUACCAUUGACCGCACGACUGAGAACGCGAAUGGAGCCAAACCUGCCAAUGCUAUACCUGCACACAAGUUGGGACCAAAGGCCAAUACUGGUGCCAUCAAUGCCGGUCUGCGCGCCCUCGAUCGCACAGGCAAGCCAUGUCGGAGAUGGGGCAAGAAGUCCCUUCAGCUGAAAUCAUUCACGGGCACUACCUGGAAUCUGUCAUCUUGGAAGGCACCACCAAAGGACCAGGGCUUCCCAGGAGAUGUCAAGAGCGAUAGUGCCAGCUCCAGUGAUAUGAAGCUCAAUCAGAGCAGCGCUGUGCAGAGCGACCGCAGUCAUAGUCACGUCGGAGAGGACACUGUCAUGACUGGCAUGCAGAGCUCUCCGGCGCCCAUCGCCGCGUGAACGACUUGACGAGAUUGCUUGAUUCUUCUAUCAACACAAAGCGGCCCGACGUCUUCCACAAGAAGUCAUUGUGCUUCAGAGGGCCUUUGCGGCGGCGGACUUUCGCCAAAUUCGACGCAACGAUGCAGAGGACCUCCAGUCUCUCGGGACAACUCCAUGGGUUUUGGCUGCCCAUUGUAUACUAGAUCCAUUGAUUAUUUCGGUUGAGCAUGUUUGUGCAGCACUUCAGCGAGGCGUUUUGGAUUGAUUUUCGGAGCAUCACAGCACGCUGAGAUGGUGAUAAGGAAACAUUCGGUGCUUUGGCGAUACAGCGGCGCAUGGAGAACAGGAACACAGGCCA